UAGUGAGUCCGGAGAAGAGAAUCAAAACCGAAACCAACCCUGCAACUCCUAUGAUCCGUGCGUGGGUGGAGGACCGCGCUCAAAGCUCCUGCGAGGGUGAGCAGCACUAUUGUAGCCCAGUGCAGUGCGAGUGGUCCGGAGUCUACACCCGCCUGCAAGAGCGUUCCUGGCCCACCUGCCACCUGCCCGGUGCCACCGAUCGAUCCAGGGUUCGGAGGCCACCUGGCACCAGCUGCUCUCAGGCGGCGUAGGCGGAGACCCACUCCCACCUGUAGAUCGUCCGCUCGCCCGGGAGACUCCUCUCCCGUUCCCUGAGAACCAAGGAUGUCGACUGUCUGUUCAACAGAGGACAGCUUCCGCUAUCUCAUCUCCAUCUUCAGCAGUAGGUUGAAAAGGUACUUUGAGGUGGAACCGGUGCUGGACUACUUGAUCUUUCUGCCCGCAGAAACCAAAGAGCAGGUUCUGAAGAAGGCAGCCACCUGUGGGAACACCAGCGCUGCAGAACUGCUGCUGAGCACUUUGGAGAAGGGGGAGUGGCCGCCCGGCUGGACGCAGAUGUUCUUGGAGGCCCUGGAGCACAGUGGCAGCCACCUAGCCGCGCGCUACGUCAGACUCACCGAUCUGCCCUCUCCCUCCUCUGAGACCGCCCAUGAUGAAUGCCUCCACCUGCUGAAUCUCCUUCAGCCCACUCUGGUGGACAAGCUCCUGAUUAACGACGUCUUGGAUACUUGCGUGGAGAAGGGACUGUUGACACCUGAGGAUAGAAAUCGGAUUUCUGCUGCGGGAAAUGCUGGGAAUGAGUCAGGCGUAAGAGAGCUGUUGAGAAGGAUUGUGCACAAAGAAAACUGGUUUUCUACCUUCCUGGAUGUUCUUCGCCAAACCGGAAAUGAUGUGCUCUACCAGGAGCUAACAGGUGCUGGCUGCCCGGAAGACAUUGCAGAGUUGGAGAAUUCAUCUCAGGAAGAUGGACCUGAAGCUCAUGAGUCUAUUCUGUGUGCUCUAGAUGAGUCAAGUCUGGAGACAGAGGCUGGGGACACAGAGAAUUCUUCACCGGAGACCUCCUUUGCAGACUGCUCUGUGACCACAGAAUCAGACACAAGUUUGGCAGCAGGGAGUGUCAGCUGCUUAGGCGAAAGUCUUGGACAUAACAGCAACAUGGGCAGCGAUUCAGGCAUCGUGGGAAGUGAUUCAGAUGAAAGAGCAGGGACACAAAGAGCAUCCCCGGAGCCAGAACUGCAGCUCAGACCUUACCAAAUGGAAGUGGCCCAACCAGCUUUGGAAGGGAAGAAUAUUAUUAUCUGCCUUCCCACGGGGAGUGGGAAGACCAGAGUGGCUGUUUACAUCACCAAAGAUCACUUAGACAAGAAGAAGCAGGCCUCUGAGUCCGGGAAGGUUAUGGUCCUUGUCAAUAAGGUGAUGUUAGCCGAACAACUUUUCCGCAAAGAGUUCAACCCAUUUUUGAAGAAAUGGUAUCGCAUUAUUGGAUUAAGUGGCGAUACCCAGCUGAAAAUAUCAUUUCCAGAAGUUGUCAAAUCUUACGAUGUUAUCAUCAGCACAGCUCAGAUCCUGGAGAAUGCCCUCUUAAAUCUGGAGAGUGGAGAAGAUGAUGGUGUGCAGCUGUCAGAUUUUUCCCUCAUUAUCAUUGAUGAAUGUCAUCACACCAAUAAGGAGGCAGUAUACAACAAUAUCAUGAGGCGGUAUUUGAAGCAGAAGUUGAAGAACAACAGCCUUAAGAAAGAAAACAAACCAGUAGUUCACCUGCCGCAGAUUCUAGGACUGACAGCUUCACCGGGUGUUGGAGGAGCCAAAAAGCAAGCUGAGGCUGAUAAACAUAUUUUAAAUAUAUGUGCCAAUCUUGAUGCAUUUACCAUUAAAACAGUGAAGGAGAAUCUUGGUCAACUUAAACACCAAAUAAAGGAGCCAUGCAAGAAGUUUGUGAUUGCUGAUGACACCAGAGAAGAUCCAUUUAAAGAGAAACUUCUGGAAAUUAUGACAAGCAUCCAAACUUACUGCCAAAUGAGCCCAAUGUCAGAUUUUGGAACCCAGCAUUAUGAGCAAUGGGCCAUUCAAAUGGAAAAAAAAGCCGCUAAAGAUGGAAAUCGCAAAGACCGCGUCUGUGCAGAACAUUUGAGGAAGUACAACGAAGCCCUCCAAAUCAACGACACGAUCCGAAUGAUUGACGCAUACAACCACCUGGAAGCUUUCUACAGCGAUGAGAAAGAAAAGAAGUUCGCAGUCCUAGAGGACAGCGAUGAGAGUGAAGACGAUGCUAGCGGUUACGAUGAUGAACUUAAGGGCAAUGUAAAGAAAUCUUUGAAACUGGACGACACAGACGAAUUUCUCAUGAACUUAUUCUUUGAUAACAAGAAAAUGUUGAGAAAAUUAGCUGAAAACCCAAAAUAUGAAAAUGAAAAACUCAUUAAAUUAAGAAAAACUAUAUUGGAACAAUUCACAAAGACUGAGGAAUCAUCUCGAGGAAUAAUUUUCACAAAAACGCGUCAGAGUACCUAUGCACUUUCCCAGUGGAUUACGGAAAAUGAAAAGUUUGCAGAGGUUGGAGUCAAAGCACAUCAUCUGAUUGGAGCAGGACACAGCAGUGAAGUCAAGCCCAUGACACAGAAUGAACAAAAAGAAGUCAUUAGUAAAUUUCGCACUGGAAAAAUAAAUCUGCUGAUCGCUACUACAGUGGCAGAGGAAGGCCUGGAUAUCAAAGAAUGCAAUAUCGUUAUCCGUUACGGUCUUGUCACUAAUGAAAUAGCCAUGGUCCAGGCCCGUGGUCGAGCCAGAGCUGAUGAAAGCACCUAUGUCCUGGUUACCAGCAGUGGUUCUGGAGUUACGGAACGGGAGAUUGUUAAUGAUUUCCGAGAGAAGAUGAUGUAUAAAGCUAUAAACCGGGUUCAAAAUAUGAAGCCAGAGGAGUAUGCACGUGAGAUUUUGAAAUUACAGGUACAAAGUAUCUUGGAAAAGAAAAUGAAAGUCAAAAGAAGUAUUGCAAAGCAUUACAAUAACAAUCCGUCAUUAAUAACACUACUCUGCAAAAAUUGUAAUAUGUUAGUCUGCUCAGGAGAAAACAUCCACGUAAUUGAGAAGAUGCAUCAUGUCAACAUGACACCAGAAUUCAAGAGACUCUACAUUGUAAGAGAAAACAAAGCGCUGCAAAAGAAAUUUGCUGAUUAUCAAGCAAAUGGAGAGAUUAUCUGCAAAUGUGGCCAGGCUUGGGGAACAAUGAUGGUACACAAAGGUUUAGAUUUGCCUUGUCUCAAAAUAAAGAAUUUUGUAGUGGAUUUCAAAAAUAACUCAUCAAGAAAACAAUAUAAGAAGUGGGUGGAAUUGCCUAUCAGAUUUCCUGAUCUUGAUUGCUCAGAAUAUUGCUUGGAUAGUGAUGAAGACUAGAUCUUGAUUCAUGAUUAUUUUAAAAUGUUGCCAACUCAAAAUUUAGUAUGAUUUUGAUUGAUGUUUUCAUUACACCACUGAACUAAUACCAGAAUAUAUAAAUGAUGGUUUUGUUUUGCUUUAAUUUAUGUAAAGGACACAAAGCACACUUCUUACUGGUUGUAAAUGAAAUUGCUAAUCUAAAUCGUCAAUUUCCUGAGAUCUAGAAUCACCUGGGAGAUGGGCUUCUAACAAAUGCGCAUAAGGGAUUUCUUAGGUUAACUAAAGUAGGAAGACCUGCCCACUGUCGGGGCUCCCAUUCUCCAGGCUUGAGUCCUGCACUGUAUGUAACUGAGAAAACUAGAGGAGCCCACAUUUGCACUGGUAAUUCUGCUUCUUGACUGUGAAACACAAUGUGACAAGCUACCCCAAGCUCUCGCCAUAGUAAUGGAUUAUAACCUUGAAUUGGGAGCUACAAGAAAUCCUUCCUUCCCAAGUUAUUUUGAUGGGGCAUUUUUAUCAUAGUAACAGAAAAGUAAUUAAAACAGUAGGGAUAAAGAAAAAUCUACCAAUAAUAUCCAUUAGUGUAGACUAUUGUGGAAAGUGCUGGAAUAUAAAUGAGAAUCUAAUAUACUAAUCCCAGCCAGUUCUAUCACUAAUUGCUGUGGAGUAUUAUUUUAACUGGGCAAGGAUGUGUUAUCUUUGUUUACACUGUGGGAUAUUACUUUAACUGUGUAAAGAUGUGUUACUUUUGUUUAUGGUGCUUUUGUUUAAUUAUGUAAGGAUGUGUUGCAUUUGUUUCACCUUGCUGCCUAAAGCACCAGAUUGGUCUAAUAAAGAGCUACUUGACCAAUAGCUAGGCGGGAGAAUAGAUCGGCAGGGCUAUCAGGCAGAGAGAAUAAACAGGAGGCUCUGGAGCAGGAAGAAUGAGAAAAGAAAGAGGAGAAAAAGAGGGACAUCCAUACUCAGGGCAAGAAGCGGGGCAGCCACCAGCCAGCCAGACGCAGAGAAGCAGUGAGAGUAAGAUAUACAGAAGAAAGGCGAUUAGCCUGAGGCAAAAGGUAGAUCAAGAGAAACAGGUGAAUUUAAGUUAAAAGAGCUAGCCAGAAAAGAGAUAUGCUAAGUCCAAGCAAUCAAAGCCAAUAAGUCUCCGUGUCAUGAUUUGAGAGCAGGUCGGUGACCCAAAAGAAAAAAGUCUGGUACAACUGAUUUUCAGUUUUGUUCAGAUUUAUUUUAUGUAUAUGUGGGUUUGGCAUGCAUGUGUGUAGGUAUGUGCACCAUAUGCAUGCCUGGUGCCUCUGGCGGUCAGAAGGCACCAGCUUGCCUAAAACUAGAAUUCUGGGUGGCUGUUAGCCACAGGUGGGUGAUAGGAAUCAGAUGUGGCCCUUCACAAGAGCAAGUACUCUUAACCACUAAGCCAUUUCUCCGCCUCUCAUCCUCACAAUCAAAUUCCCCUCCUCUGUUCACCCUUCUUCACCGGCUCCCCGUAAGGGAAGUGCUGAUUACACUGUCUGCUCUGCUCUUACUAGCUUGCUGUUCUUGUACAACAAAGGGACAUGUUUCAUGGAUUUAUACACACCCAUUUAUUAUAGCAGCUGCUUUGUAGGUCAGGCGUCUAGAUGGAGUUUUCUCACAAGGCCAAAAUCAAGGUUUCGGCCAGACUGUUCUCAUCCAGAGGCCUUCAAGGAAGAAUCUACUUCCUUGCUCACUCAGAAUUUGUUUCCUUGUAGCUGUCUGGCUAGGAUUUCUGCUUUCUUGUUACAUUUCCACCAGGAAUUGCUCUCAUAUCCCAGGAAUGCUUUAUUCUGUGAUCUCUUCAGGAACCCGCCCCAGCACGUAUCAUGUGUUUCUUCAGGGCCAGCAGGACAAACUCUCAAAGCUGCUAAGGAAUCUCAAGCAAGUUAACUAGAGUAACAGGGACGUGAUACAUUACAUUUUGAGUUAGGCAUCUUAUUGAUAGGCAGGUGUGAUAGGCAAUCUCACUUGUCCAUUUGAUAAGAUCUAAAGUCAUUUGGGGUAAGAUCCUCUGCGCAUGCCUGUCUAUCCUUUGUGGCCAACAGGUCAUGCCCACACUCAAAGCAAGGAGAUGGUUUAAGAUAUGGUGCAUGAACUGACAUAAUUUUGGAAGGAAUCUUGGGGGUCAUUUUAGAAUUUUACCAUCACCCCAUUUGUUCCUUUUUUGCUAAUGUAAUGUAUAUUCAUAGGCAAGCACUUGGACAAACAAGAAGCACCAUAUAGUAAACAGUGUUACUAAAUGCAGCAGCAAGCAGUGUCAGGUCUGUUUCCUCAGCCUUCGCUUCUGCAAAUACAGUACCAUCCUGGAAUGCGACCUAAUCACAGAGUAGUGGCCAAAUUGAGAGCAGUUCUAAUGCAUGUAAGAUUAUCAGUGUUCACGGACAGAGUAGCUUGGAGUCGUUCCAGCCUUUGCAUGGGAUCCAGGAGGGAACUGAUGUCGAAGGCUUAGUGUGUUAAUGAAGAAUAAAAGCUUUCCACAUUCUGGCUUGAAGAGUAACAACCCUGGAGAGUGAUACAAUAAAUAUGUUAUUUGGAGAUGGAUCAGGGUCAGCUGUCUUCACUGCAGGGCCUGCACCCAGCAGUAAUGGAGCCUCUCCAUUGUCACAGAAGAGCCUUGAUUAGAGACCAUAACUUCAACCAGCCAUGUGAACUGACACCAAGUCUCAUGGAUGGCUUGCUCCACAGAAACAACUACCUCUGGUGAAGAAGACAAUGAAGACAGAAUUCAUUUGUGGUUUUGAUCUAUUAGCUAAUCCCAUAUUAAGAUAUUUUGAAUGUUUUAUUGAUGAGACCUGAGCCAAGAUGAAUAUACUAAUCGAAGCUCUUUGAAAUAUAAAUGCACAAAAGAGAGUUGGUUUUUCUUAAAAUUCCAUAAAAAUUCCACCUGACUUAAAGUAUUUCUCUAUUCUAAAAUGUUUUGUAAACCAUGCAAGAAACCAAAUAUCUAAGACAUCUAAAUGGGUCACUGUAACCUAUAUACUCUGUUUUUGAGGUAUCAACAAAUAUUGGCCUGUAUUUGUCAAUGUUCUCUCUUUUUUUCAAUGAAAGGAGUUGUUACUUGUUUAAAGUUAAAGGUUUAUAUUUCAGGCACACUAUAAUUUAAUAUGUGAUUACAACUGACAACUUAUUUAAAAGCAACUAUAAUUGUUAUUGUGUCUUGAAUAAUUAUUACUAAAUAGUGUAGAAUCCUUAAUAUCAUAACAUUGAUUAAUAAAUGUACCUGUGAGACAAA